GGGCACCCUGCUGGGGUGGCGGGUGAAGGGAGUCGCCGGAGCACCCUCGCCCUGGGCCCGCCUUCUCCUGCCCCCUGGCCCCUCAGCGCUUCGGGGUGCCAGUGAGUGUCCAAGAUGUCCGAGCUCAGCGAUGAGGCCAGUGAGCCGGAACUCCUGAACCGCAGCCUGUCCAUGUGGCACGGGCCAGGUGCACUGGUCAGCCGCGAGGAGCUGGACGUCCCCUUGGAUCUUCACACAGCUGCGUCCAUCGGCCAGUAUGAGGUGGUGAAGGAGUGUGUGCAGAGGCGAGAGUUAGAUUUGAAUAAGAAGAAUGGUGGUGGCUGGACCCCGCUGAUGUAUGCCUCCUACAUUGGACACGAUACCAUCGUGCACCUGCUGCUCGAGGCGGGGGUGAGUGUGAAUGUGCCGACCCCAGAAGGGCAGACUCCACUGAUGCUGGCCUCCAGCUGUGGCAAUGAGAGCAUCGCCUACUUUCUCCUCCAGCAAGGGGCGGAACUCGAGAUGAAAGACAUUCAGGGCUGGACUGCCCUCUUCCACUGCACCAGUGCUGGGCACCAGCAGAUGGUCAAGUUCCUCUUGGACAGCGGAGCUAAUGCCAAUGUCAGGGAGCCUGUGUAUGGAUUCACCCCUUUGAUGGAGGCGGCUGCUGCUGGCCACGAGAUAAUCGUGCAGUAUUUUCUGAACCACGGAGUCAAACUGGACACGAGAGACCACAGUGGAGCCACAGCCCGGAUGCUGGCCCGGCAGUAUGGACACAUGAAGAUCGUGGCCUUGAUGGACACUCACUCGCCCGCUCUGCCCAAGAGCCUCUACCGGAGCCCAGAAAAAUAUGAAGAUCUGAGCUCUUCGGACGAAUCGUGCGCCGUUCCGCAGAGGCAGAGGCCUUGCCGGAGGAAGGGCCUCAGCAUCCACGAGGGGCCGCGGGCCUUGGCCCGGAUCACAGCCAUCGGCCUGGGGGGCAGGGCCCCGCCGCCCCGCUAUGAGCAGGUGCCACCCCGGGGCUACGUCACCUUCAGCAGCAGCGAGAACCCGCUGGACGGAGGAGGCCUCUGCUGCCGGGACGUCACCUCCCCCAUCAACGAGCAGGACGUGGAGAGCAGCGGCAGCAGCAGCCGGGAGGAGCAAGCUUUCGAUGCCAACCUCGGGGCCGUGCGCAGCAGCAGCAGCAGCGAGGGCCUGGUGAGAACCCCAGGACUCAGCAGCGAAGCCUCCCUGGAGAGCAAUGAGGAUUCCGAUCCCGCCCAGCAAAGCUCGGCUCGAAAACAAACCAAGAGCCACGUGAAGACCAAGAGUCGCUACAGCAACAGCGACAGCCAGUCCGGGACUUGUGGGGCCGUGUGUUCCCCAGGACUGAGCCCUCCGAGUGAGAGGGCCCCGUAUUCAGGACCCCAGGACCUCGCCUCGCUGCUGGAGCAGAUCGGCUGCCUCAAGUACCUGCAGCUGUUUGAGGAGCAGGACGUGGACCUCCGCAUCUUUCUCACCCUCACCGAGACCGACCUGAAGGAGAUUGGCAUCACGCUGUUCGGACCGAAAAGGAAGAUGACCUCUGCCAUCGCCCGCUGGCACAGUAGCGCGCGCCCCCCGAGCGACGCUCUGGAGCUGGCCUAUGCCGACCGGCUGGAGGCAGAGAUGCAGGAACUGGCCAUCCAGCUGCAUAAACGCUGUGAGGAGGUGGAGGCCAUGCGGGGCCAGGUGUCGCAGGAGCAGGAACUGCGGGCCGUGGUGGAGAGCUGCCUGCUGGAGCAGGAAGGCGCCCGCAAGGACGUCCACGCUCAGCUGCAGGAGACCUGGGCCUUGGCCCGAGACGCGGCCACCGUCCUGGACCAGCUGCGAGCUUGUCAAACUGAGCUGUCAGCCCGAGUGAAGCAGGACCAGGCUCCCGGCACGGCCACCCUGGGCCCAGCCCUCCCAUCUGCGGGGUCAAAAGGCUGGCGAGCGUCCCUGCAGGACCUGAGCCUCCCAGAGCUAGCGGGAGUCCUGGAGGACCGCGUCCACGAGAUGGGGCGCGUGCUGUGCUCCGUGACCCAGAGCCUGGAGAAGCUGCAGGCGCUGAACGGGAAGAAGUGGCGAGAGCCCUAGCCCUGAGGGCCGAAUCUGACGUCGGGUGACCAAUCCACCCUGAAGUUGUGCCAGGAGACAGCAGGCGGCCACAGCCCAGGCCACAAGUGGGGCCAGCGGAUCAGGCGGCCGAGUGGCUGACAGAGGCAGGAUGGGGUUGCAGCCCCUGCGGCGGCAGCCCGGGCCGGCCCCGAGGCAGGACGGGACCGAGGCAGGACAGGGCUGCUCACCAGCACCUGGCGGUAAGGCCCAGAGCGGGCAGGCCCCGGGCAGUCAGCGUCUUCACCCACACAGGCGCCACACGGAGGUCUGCCCUGAUGCGGGAGCCCAGGGCCCCUGAAGGAAACCCAUCAGUUGGAAAAUAAAAAUUUAACAUCGUU